AUGAAUUACUCUCGGUUCAUCACCACUGUGAGUGCGGCAAGAAAAGCAUCUCCAAUAAGACUUCUGAGUGAGUACAUGCUUAUUCUUCACAGGUCUCCUCCAUCUCUCAUCUCUCUGGCUGGCGGGGCACCAAACCCUAACGUUUUUCCAUUUAAGAGGGCUACUAUCACCAUUGGACAUGGAACUGCAAUUGAGAUUGAGGAUGAUCUGAUGAAGAGAGCUCUCCAGUACUCGGCCUCAGCAGGGAUUCCAGAGCUCUUGUCUUGGCUAAAGAAUUUCCAGCAGAGUCUACAUAAUCCUCCCACAGCCAACUACAGUCCUGAGCAAGGACAAAUGGCAGUGUGUGUCACAACCGGCAGCCAGGAGGGCUUGUGUAAAGUGUUUGAAAUGCUCAUCAAUCCUGGGGACAACAUCCUUUUGGAUGCACCUACAUAUGCUGGGACACUAGCAGCUCUGAGACCUUUGGGUUGUAACAUAAUUAAUAUUCCUAGUGACCAACACGGCAUUGUUCCAAAAGCUCUAAAAGAAAUUCUAUCUAACUGGAGCACAGAAGAUGUGAAAAAUCAUAGCCACCACCUCCCCAAGUUUCUGUACACCAUUCCAAAUGGGUGCAACCCAACUGGAAACUCUCUGACCGCGGAGCGCAAGAAGGAGAUUUACCAGCUUGCAAGAAAAUAUGAUUUCCUCAUUAUAGAAGACGAUCCUUACUACUUCCUUCAGUUUGAAAAGCCAUGGGCUCCAUCUUUCCUCUCAAUGGAUGUGGAUGGCCGAGUUAUCAGGACAGACUCUUUCUCUAAAAUUCUCUCAUCUGGGUUAAGAAUAGGUUUUCUGACAGGUCCCAAGCCUCUUAUCGACAGAGUUGUUCUCCACAUUCAGGUUUCAACAAUGCACACCAGCACUUUCACACAGAUUAUGAUAUCACAGCUGCUUCAGCAAUGGGGAGAAAAGGGUUUCUUGGAGCAUAUAGACAGAGUGGUGGACUUCUAUAGAACCCAGCGAGAUGCAAUGCUCAUUGCUGCUGACAGAUGGUUAAAAGACUUGGCUGAGUGGCACCCUCCUGCUGCUGGCAUGUUCUUAUGGAUCAAAAUCAAGGGCGUUUCUGAUACACAGCAGCUGAUCAUGGAAAAAGCUUUGCAGAAAGAAGUGUUACUGGUUCCUGGAGAAGCAUUCAAUAUUGAUAGUUCAGAGCCUAGUCCUUAUGUCAGAGCCUCCUUCUCUCUGUCUUCUCCAGCCCAGAUGGAUCUGGCCUUCAGGAGACUGGCUGACCUGAUAAAAGAAGCUUUGUGAAAAAGCUAAAUAGAGGUCUUGCAGCAAUCAAAAUAAUAUCCAGAAAAUAU